AUGCGUCGAGCAUGUGCCAACAGUGAGUGCACGCGACAAACGACGGAUGGUGUUGGCAAUGUGCUGCUGCUUGUUGCCAAUAUCGAGUGUGUGCAGUGCUGUAGACUAGGAAUAACGCGAAACCACUCGUGUUUUUGCAGUUCAGACUGCUUUCGCUUGGCGUGGCACAAGCAUAAACAGCUGCAUGAUGCGCAGGCACUCGUGAAGGCUCAAUCAAGGUACGGAGACGACAUUCCGUGGAAAGCGCAGCUGCACAAUAUGGAGAUAUUUUGUCCGCUUCCAAAGGAAUCGUGGCUCAAGGUGCAGGAAGAAAAUCGAUCGUACACGCCUUCCGCUGACGACGUGGGUUACGUGAUUCGAGUAGAGUGCAAGGCCACGAUGCGCAUUGGCGGUGGCGUGCUUACCAAGACAGUCGACACUGGGAUCGUGCUGCCGUUUCCACCCAUGCCACCGAGGCGCCAGAUGCUGGCGAAUGUGAAUGAAGAGCGUUUAAUGCCGCGGCUACGGCAGAUAGGCGUCUUCCGUGUACUUACGUAUAACGUUCUGGCUGAGAUAUACGCUACACGACAGAUGUACCCCUACUGUCCGAUUUGGGCUCUGAGCUGGUCGUUCCGAAGAGAGUUACUGAGGCGUGAGCUUCAGUCAUACAAUGCUGACAUAAUUUGUCUUCAGGAAGUACAGGGCGACCAUUACAAAAGUUUCUUUGCCCCAAUGAUGGACGAGUGGGGAUAUGAAGGCUGGUACUUGAAGAAGUCGCGCGAGUCGAUGGGGCUAGAGGGAAAGGUAGAUGGAUGUGCUGUGUUUUACAAGCGAAACCGAUUCAUUUUGAAGGAACGGUACCCGGUCGAAUUCAACGAACUAGCAAACGCCUUCCUUAACCAGGUAAAAAAUGAGUACGAUCUAGACUACCAAGGACCUUCGAUGGCUGCACGUGAGAUGUUUCUAUCCUUACUUAACAAGAUGCGGCAACGACUUCAGCGCGACAACGUGGCGCAGAUUGCAGUACUAGAGGUGGUUCCCGCAAACAACGAAACAGUUGCACGGAAGUCACAGUCUGGGCCGUUGCUCUGUAUAGCAAACGUGCAUAUUUUCUCCAAUCCCAAGUUUCCCGACGUCAAGAUGUGGCAGACAAAUAUGCUAGCAAAGCAGCUUGAACGGGUAACGUUGAGCAGGAACGUGCCCACGAUACUGUGUGGAGAUUUCAACAGCGAGCCUACUAGCGCUGUGUACGAUUUCAUGACACGUAACCAUGUCUCGUUUGAUCACCCGGACAUCCAGUAUCCGCCACCUCAACUUGCAAACUUUUACGCUUCGCUUGACCUGGAGCACAGUAUUGGCUUUGCCAGUGCCUACGCUUCAGUGUUUGGUGCGGAACCAGAGUACACAAACUAUACAGGUCGCUGGACGGGCGUGGUAGACUACGUAUGGUAUACACCGGCAAUGCUGACGCCAUUUGCCGGCCUAAAAGUGCACCCGCCUCAUGUGCUCGAGUCAUAUUCAAAGACUGCAUUGCCUAAUUGCCAGUUUUUAUCCGACCAUGUUCCUCUCUGUCUAGACUUCAGUAUUAAGGCUGGCGCUAACAACAACAAUGGAAGAUACUGA